AUGGACGGACUGCUCAUAGAUUCCGAGGACAUGAUCACAAUAUCCAUAAACAACCUACUCACAAAGUACGGGCGGCCAAUACUUACGCAGUCUGUUCGAGCUCAACUCAUGGGAGUUCCAGACUCUUCCAACAGUGACUUGUUCCACAACUGGGCCAAGCUGCCCAUCUCCAGGGAGCAAUUUGCCCGCGAGUCAGCCGAACAAAUGGGAUCAAAUUUUCAGAAUUGUAGGCCGCUGCCCGGAGCCGAAAGUCUACUCUUAAGCCUUGGCCGUGCGAGGAGCGCUUCCGGAGAAACCAUUAAGCUAGCCUUGGCGUCAAGCACACCGAGUCACUACUACGAGCUGAAAACUUCAAGAUCAGAAACCAAACAGCUUCUUGACACAUUUGAACAUGACAGACGCAUUCUCGGCGAUGACCCGCGAGUUGGGGAAGGCCGUGGGAAGCCAGCGCCAGAUAUAUACCUGGUUGCUCUGCAGGCUCUGAACUCGGCAGCAGGCCCCGGAGAGAAGACUAUUUCGCCCAACGAGUGUUUGGUCUUUGAAGAUAGCGUGGCUGGAGUAGAGGCCGCAAGACGUGCCGGGAUGAGAGUGAUUUGGGUGCCGCAUCCAUGUGUUGCGGUCGAGUAUCAAGAACAAUGGAAGCAGAAGGACAUCAUGGCUGGGAGGAGUGGUAUGUUCGAGCUAGGUGAUGAAUCGCAGCUGGGAGAUGUUGACGAUGGCUGGGCGGAAAGAAUAUUUAGCUUGGAAGAGUUCAACUAUGAGGCUUACGGCCUUAAUGUGUUAUGA